AUGGUGGAUAACGCCAAUGCUAGCGAUGGAUUGAAGAUUACCUAUCGAAGCAUGUGCCUAGAUGGGACCACGCUCAAAGACACUAAUGUAUGCGAAGGAAUACACGUUGGCGAUGAGGUGCAAUUCGAAGUAACCCUGGAAGCUACACAUUGUGUGGAGAAGAGAGACUUUGUGCUGCGUAUUGGCCCUUCAGGCCUAGAUGAAACACUUAUUGUCAAUGUGAAAGUCCUCUGCGACUGUGAUUGUGAGCAGGAGGAUCGUAUUGUCGAAAAUACUGAAGAUUGUCAUGGUGGAGACAUGGUAUGCGGUGUAUGUCGUUGCAAAGGAGGAAAUGUGGGCCGUUAUUGCGAGUGUAAUCGACCUGGAAUGAGUACCGCGGCACUGAACGAGAAAUGCAAG